AUGGUAGCUUUUAAGUAUAUCACAUCACAAGCUCGAGAGGGAAAGAUAUUGCCGUCAGGAAGGAGCAAUGUUGUCAAGAAUCAUGUUCAGACAUUCUGCCACCAGGCUAAUCAAUCGUUCCUCUCGUUCCUCACUGGUCACAACACUGACCACAACACACCAGCAAAAUCGUCCCAUGCUGUGCAAACUCCUUUCGGUGUCUUUGUUUCCGGCCAACUACCAGCAGAUUUCGAAGGCAAUCUUGUUCAGGGCACAAUCCGUGAAAAGACGGAGGCUGUUUUCAAAAACCUUCAAGAGGUUCUCAUCACUGCUAACUCUUCGCUCGACAAGAUUGUGAAGGUCCAAGUUUUCUUAACGGACAUGAAGGAUUUUGCCGAGAUGAAUGAAGAAUAUGAAAAGUGGAUCACUCAUAAGCCGGCAAGAAGUUGUGUCGCCGUCAAGGAGUUGCCAAAGGGUGUCAAUAUUGAAAUUGAAUGCAUUGCCUUGCCCUGA